UGUAAGCUAUAUAACCCAGACAAUAUUCUGCUGAAGACAAUAAAAAUGAGUGACUGUGAAAAUGCAAGCAGUGAGGAAGAGGAUCAUCACCAGACACAAAACUCAGAAACAAAUUCAGACUUUGCGGAAGAUCAAGCAUUAAUACCGGGUCCAGGAAAUGCCUCAUUCUUUGAUAUCAGUCAAAAGAACUUGAAACAAUUCCCAAAUUAUCUUUAUGCAAAGUGUUUGCAUGUAAAGCACCUGUACUUAGAAGGCAACUUACUUCAGGACCUGAGCAAUAACUUCUUCCCCUCUUUGCCAAAUCUCCAAUGGCUGGAUGUGAGGAACAACAGCUUAAGAAACCUGCCUAAAUCAAUUGCAAACCACAAUAACCUUGAGGUCCUUCUUCUCCAAGGAAAUCAAAUACAGGCCUUGCCACUGGAAUUAGGACUUGUGCCUAAACUGAGGGGCAUUCAGUUGUUAGGAAACCCCAUCACAUUCCCUCCACACGAAGUGUUGAAACAGGGUAUCCAGAGCAUAACUGCAUUCUUGCGGGAGGGGUAUAACAUUCAAGCUCCGUCACCAUCAACAAUUAGACCAAUUGCAGAACCUUUCUGCAAGGGAGUUGAACUAAGAGAUGGCUUGCUCUCACAAAAGUUCAAGACAAAGUCUGGGCUUGUGAAGCAGAGAAGAAAGUCAUCUGCACUACACAAGAAGAGGGUAGCUUCCUCAAACCUUCCUGCAAUAACUGUGAAGAGUUACCAGAAACUGGGGCUGCAGCCAGCACGACCAAAAACAUGUGUUCCCCUUUCCCAGUAUAAGCUAUCGGAUGCUCCACCACCUGAAGAAGUCAUCUUUAAUAACAGGGAAUACCUGCCAAAUUUAUCAAGCAGAAUACACAGUGUCAGCACCAAGACCCUAAAAUCACAGCUUGAGACUGAAAGGAGUAGGAGUGAAGCAAAGAUCCAAAUGAACCUGCUGAAGGAGAUGUUUGUGACAAGGAUCAGGGAAAUGUUGGAGAAACAGGCUGCCAUUAUCCAAAGAACAAAAGACAAGGAGAUGCUAAGAAGGUGGAGACAGGAUGGACCACAAAGAAACUGCAAGCAUGAAUCUGGUGAACUACCAUAUGAUACUGACCCAAACUACUUGAAAAUGCCAUCGAGAGCUGAGCUGCAGAACCCCAAGAUGGCCAGGAAAUGGCAGAAUAAACAGGCACAGAAAAAGGCUCUGAAAAACAUUGAUGAAGAGAUGUCAGACAUCUUCAAAUCUCUACUGGAACUGGACAAUUCAUGGAAAGACACGGGUCUUUCCCCUCAAACCAAGAAGACCAUCCUUAACAACGAGAUGCAAAUGUUGGAACAGCUACAGAAGAAGCUUCAGGUACUCCACUUCCGGAAUGCACGUCAGAACGUAGCCGUCCUGUCCCUCCCAGUCCGAGGACAGCACAUCCAUGUUGGGGGCAGGAAAAAUGUCUGACAACCGUGACUUCAUCCAAAUCGUGUGAAAUAAACAUGCAUGCUUUUUGAAAUUUGAUGUGAUCUCUACACAAAUGAGUUGUUUCAUAAGUUAAAUCAUCUCCCAUAUUGUAUGUCAUUAAACAGACAGCAGCCAGUUUUGAACUUUGAACAAAUACAUUAUGCUAACCACA